CUAUUACUCGUGGCUCGUGGUCUGUCUACUCUGUCUCACGGUACAUCAUUGUGAACCAACCACAGUGCCGACUCAUCGUCCGAAAAUUUAACGCCAAAACAUUAUUCUAUACUUCGCCUUAUAUGUACAAUUUGAGAAAUAGAAUCUGUGCUGAAAACGCUAUUUUCUGAACUAAAACAACCACAAUGAUUAUUACCUUAAAAAAUCUUCAGCAGCAAACAUUCACCGUUGAGAUCGAUGCAUCGAAAACGGUUAAAGAACUCAAGGAGAAGAUCGAAGCACAAAAGGGGUUCUCUGCACCUCAUCAGAAAUUGAUUUACGCUGGAAAAAUUUUAAGUGAUGAUCAACCAUUGACGGAAUACAACAUCGAUGAAAAGAAGUUCAUUGUUGUUAUGGUUACAAAGCCAAAAGCAGGCGCCAGCUCGAAUGCAUCGGGUGAACAAGUUGGGGAUUCUAGCGAUAACAACAAAGAAAACACGAAUACCCCCAGACCUGCUGCUGUAUCAAGUUCGCCUGUAGCAGAACAAACUCGACCUCGCCCAACCACAGUUCCGUCAGAUGAGCUCACAAUCCCAGCAGGGGCUGUCGGGAUUCAAGCUGAAAGUGCUCUGCUUAUGGGUGAAGAAUAUAAUACAAUGGUGAACAACAUAAUGGAUAUGGGGUAUGAUCGCGAGCAGGUUGAACAAGCUCUACGUGCAAGUUUUAACAAUCCAGAUCGAGCAGUUGAAUAUCUAUUGACUGGUAUACCACCUCAAUUGCUCGAAGACCCUCUCGAAGAUCCCCCAGAAGGACAGGAUCCAAGCGGAGACCAAGCUCCGGAUCCUCUAGCAUUUUUACGGACACAACCGCAAUUUCAGCAAAUGCGACAAGUAAUACAACAAAAUCCGCAACUGUUGAAUGCUGUCCUACAACAAAUUGGACAGUCCAAUCCUGCUCUAUUGCAGCUCAUCUCGCAAAACCAAGACGCCUUUGUACGCAUGCUCAAUGAACCGGCUGGAGCGACUGGCGGAACUGGAGCUAAUGCCCCAUUACCACCAGUAACCUCAGCAGCUACUGCUCAAAGUGGUGUGACGGGAAGAACGAACACCAGUGGCGGUACAACCGGUAUUCAAGUUUCACCUCAAGACCGCGACGCAAUCGAAAGGUUGAAGGCUCUAGGAUUUCCGGAAAACCUUGUUCUGCAGGCGUAUUUCGCGUGUGAAAAAAAUGAAAAUCUCGCAGCAAACUUUCUCUUAUCGCAAAAUUUUGAUGAUUGAGCUUCCAGAAAUUUUGUGUUCAAGACUUAGAGCUUACCGAACGAGCAGAGAGUGGAGUCGCUGAUUCUAGUUUGAGACUUACCGUUCGGCCUAGCCAAAAAAUGAAGAUCUGUUGGCGGCACGCCUUAUUCACAGUUGAUCGAUCAAUCUGUGUAACCUCUACUUCCACCGGCUCUUAUCAGAUUUGCAAUUUGUACAAAAAUCAAAGUUUCUGCACUGCGUUGUAAAAUUACUGAGAAUUUGCUUAAUUUCAUGCGAUAUUAAAUGGAUCAGUUGUCACGGAGUCUUCAUUUUAUAACGAGUUGACUGCAUACACGAACCGUUAUGGUAUGGGACUUUAUUGUUUUUUACGCGAUCUUGUUAUUUUUAAUUAUUUGCGUAUACAAUACACUGAUUUGUAAUUGCAGAAGGCACUCUUCUGUACAUAAAUGUGUUUAAUUCGUACGCUAAUUGAGCUGCCAGGUACCUGGUUAUGUGUGCAGCCGUUCAAUAAAAUUAUUUUCUUUUCAAGUACGACGAUCUGUAAGUAAUAGCUAACUUAUGUCUAAGAAAUUAACGGCAUGAAUAAAGUAUGAUUGGAAGAAA